AUGGGCGCUUGCAGAGACGCAAGCUCCCUGAAAUCGCUUGAGUCGAAGCUCGACCGAUACGAUCUUAUCGAUAACACACGUGAUGUCAACACCCCAGAUCCCACUUCAGUCACUUGUUCCGCUGUCAUUCCUGCAAUUAUCUGUGAUCGCUCUCUAGCGGGAGCUGCAGAGCUACUUGGAGAUGCGAUGCCUGAAACCGAUCAUGACUCGGUGAUCCCGGCCCAGCUCGCCUACCUGGCUAUUUACAACCCGAACCUCGGACCAACCGACGAGACGAUAGCGGACCAGAUCGUGUUCUACACCUCGAAGUCAAGCCAUGCACAACAGCUUGAUAACACUACAACGGAGGAUUUGGAUAGUAAACGACUCGAGGAUGAACAGAACGAGAGACUGCGCCAGAUCGGUCUGGCGCAGGGCAUGGUGAACUUCGCUAGCAACUUCUCUGGUGGACAGGCAUUGGAGUUUAUUGAAACAGACAAAUCCCGUGUUGUUCUGCUGGAGCUGGAGAAGGACUGGUGGAUUGUUGCCUCUAUCGAUUUCACUCGACUUCCCGCUGAUCCAGCUCACAAAAACUCUUCGGUGGCAUCUGAUUCCUCUGAUUUCCAGUAUUCAUCCCGAGAGAUAGGACCACCCCAUCUACUCAUCCAGCAAUUACGCCGCGCCCAUUCGAUAUUCCUCCUACACCAUGACUUCAUGUUGGAUGAUCUUUACAGAAAGGCUGGAAGAGAUUCAUUCUGUCUUUUCCUCAAGCGGUUCUGGGACAAGUUUGCAUGGGAUUGGGAACUUCUAUUGACCGGAAAUCCAAUCGUCGAGAUCUAUAAUGGUAUCAAACUCUCGGCUGGAGGAGAGUUGGGUAUUGGUGUCGGAGAGGAAGAAUGGGGAAGUGGAGAAAGAGAAGUACUCGAAGACUUCAUUGCCAGAACAGAGGGCUUAGUGGACUUGGUGGUCUCUAGAUUUGGCGACUCGUCUACACAAUUCGAUGGGUCUCCAGCUUCGACCAGAUCAAAUGACCAAGGGCUAUGGAUAGGGGCAGAUAAUGAUCCUCGACCAUCCGAUGGCGUUGUAUUUGCUGGCGUCGGUGGUCUUUCAAGAUUUUCACUGGCACAUGUGUCACAGUGGAUGGAGUGGAUCUAUCGAUUUGGAGAUGCUACAUACGGAGUUGGGCGGGACCCAACUUCGUUGCGUCGCCGCAGACCGAAGAAGCAGCGUGGGAGACCAUCCACAGAAAACCAGCCCUCCACUCCGGACCGCAGCUUUACGCCUGGCAUACCUCGUCCGCUUAUCAUGGCAACCCCACAGCCACUUCAAGAGGUGCCCGUAGAAAGCGAGACGGAAGCUGGAAAUGACAAAUAUGAUAAUUUAGGGUUUCCCACGGAGACGGUCAUGAAAUAUCUCACUCUUGGGUAUGGUUCCGCUUGGAGCUUUUCUCCAAAAUCAGCAUCAUCAACACCUACGCGCAGCUCUACUCCAGGGCAGGAUGCAGCCACUUCUGGUCUCCCAAUCCCAAAGGAUAGUUCCAGUGCCAAUCAAUCUCAGUCAGAUGUGAAGCCUCGAAACAAUCCCUCUGGUCGGUUCGUUCUGGGGCCUCGGGAUGAUCUAGAAACACUAGAUGACCUGGAAGAAGGAAGUCCUGAUCCAGAAAUCGAGAAUGGAAAGCCCAAGACUCGAAUCGUACACAGAUCUCUACAUGUGCACCUAGCGAAUGGAUCAGAUACCCAAAAGAUGCUUCAGGCUGUGAUCUACGUGAAUCAACCAUUUAUGUUCACAUUCUUCUUCGACCCCGAAACCCAAUCUCUUACAUCCCCAUCUCUCUACUCAAGUAUACACCACCAACUCGGCCCUCUCCAAAAGCCACUCCUAUCAUCAACAUCCCCCAAAAUGGCAGCCUCCCGCAUCUCCAUGUCAGAGACAUCUCCAGACCCAAGCAAACGCUUCUCAACCCGAUCCCAACCUGUCUACGAUCUAGUCUACGACCCUUCAAACCUAACAAUCCGCUCCUCAAUUCCCAACAUCCCAGCCCUAGCCCUCCCCAAUCCCCCUCAAUCCCCAGCACGCUCCCCCUCCCCAUCAACAUCCCCCUCCCCCUCCACCCAACCCUGGUCCCGCCUCGAAAGCCUUGCAAUCCACCACCGCCUCCUAUCAACAUACACAGACACACGCUCCAGACCACAAGAACUAGAACGAACAAGCAAAACCAAUCGCGGAUGGUGGGUUGUCUGGGUCCGUAUCCCACAACCACAAACCCAACACCCGCCUCUCUCAGCAGCAUCUUCCUCUGUGGCCCUCUCAUCCCUCACAAACAACACCGACCGCCUCACUCCUAUCCCUCCCCCCUCGCCACCACAGGAAGCAUUCCUCGUCCGCAAAGCGAGUGACUACGUCUCGCCCGCUACACACGGCCGCGUCAGCAGCGGUGCUCGCUUUUUCAGGGAUUUAGGUGGCGCCUCUGGUUCGUCGGGGUUGACGGGUUCCUCUCGUGCUGCGGAUAUGGCGCCGUCGAAAUUGGUGGAAGGCUUGGGUAUGGAUGCGCGGCGGUAUAUUGAGGGAUUGUUGAGUUUGAAUCGGUAG